AUGGAGCCUGAGACGGAGUGGACUGUGUCAAGAAGGUUGUGGAAUGUCAGGACUGGGCUUCUUCCUCUAAGGGGAGUGUAUCUGGGCACAGAGGGUGUGUGUGGUCAUUGCAGAGAUGCACAGCUGGCGGCUGCAUCUGCACAGCUGAGAACAUCUGGAUCUUGUUCACACUCAGCCAGAGGAAGACGCCUGGAGAGCGAAACUGCUUUUCGAGUAGUCAUUGAGAUUUCCCACAUCACACAAAAGAAACUGAAGUUCCUACUCCAAAACUGGGAGAGAUUUGUGGCUAAGGACAAUUUACCCAGGAAAGAUGCCAAGGAACUACACAAAUAUCUGAAGGAAUUGAACAGAGCCUUGGUUGAGGAGGACCAGGAAAGAGUCCCCAAAGAGCAGCUGGAGAGGAGGAGGUUUCUGAUUAAGUUUCCUCGGGUGAAAUGGCAGCUGGAGGAGUUCAUAGGCAAGUUCCACGAGCUCGCAGACAAGGUUGACAAGGUACAUAAGGGAUAUACCAUCUCCAACGUGGUGGGCUACAGCACCGGUGCUGUGUCUAGUAUUCUGACCAUUGUUGGCCUGGCUCUGGCACCCGUGACAGCGGGGGCCAGUGUGGUGCUCUUGGCCACUGGGAUAGGGCUGGGAGCAGCAGCUGCUGUGACCCAUGUGUCCACCAGUAUCAUCGAACAUGUGAAGAAGUCAUCAGCAGAAACCGAAGCCAGUCACAUGAUGUCAAGUGUCGUCAAGAAAUGGAAGGUUCUCUUAGAGCCGGCUCUCAUCCUCUGGAUCGAAGCCCUGGAGCUCUGUAGCAGCCUGUACCGCAUUGGCCAGAGCAAGGUCUUCUUCCAGGCCGGCAUGCUGGCCCACCUGAAAGAGGAGCGGGACAUGAAGAACAUGGACAUCAUCAUCGGCUUCCAGAACUGCUGCAGGGGCUACCUGGCCAGGGAGUGA